AUGAUCCUCCUCUAUCAUAUCGUAGUGGUUAAGAUGAUUCCUUGUCCAAACAUCUCAUGUACCUCACUGUUUGAUAUCAUUGCAUUGAGAAGGAGGUGUAAAUGUGUUGAUGAUGAGAAUGAUGACAUUAAACCUAGUCAUCGACAUGAUCGUCGUGCUAGUUGCCCAGAUUGUACCACGAGGAGGUCGACUGAUCCAGUCGUGGAUUUCAAUAGAAUCAAUGGAUGGUCAAACAAGAUCGAUUGCAUGAGAGAGCUUGGAUAUGUUCCAGAAGGAGGUGUUGAUCUUGGUCCAAUCGAAUUCGAUGAUUUUGUUGCAAGAAGACAAAAGGACGGAGAUCAAUCGGAAUUCAAGUCGAGGAUAUGGUUCAGAAACGGAAGAGGAUGGAUCUAUGAAGUGCCUUCAAUGGAGCAUGAGUAUAGUGCAAACAAAGUCAUUUCUCGUAUUCAUCAACAACUUCAUCCAAACCAAGAUUUGUUGUCCGUUGGAGGCUCCUCAACCUUGAUUCUACAACUUGGUCAUUCAUGCGCCGAGCCACACCAAUCUUUACGACCGCUUCGACCCAAUGUCCCCAACAUCCAUUCGGCAAAUGGACAUGGAAGGCCCUAUCCAACAUUGGUCAUCGAGACAGCAAAGUCACAAUCACUUCCAGUGUUGCAUCAAAAGUGCAUGGACUAUUUCAUGGAUCGUGUUGUUGCUAUACCCGCUGCACCUGGUGUCUCUGCGGUAGUUGCAGUACCAAGCACAAUCAGAAUCGUUAUUGGCAUCAAGAUCUAUCGCAGACACAAUGGUACCUUUGCAAUGCUUGUUUUAUACUAUCAGAAUGGUGCGGCAGCAAACCCAGUCAGGAUCAUCUCUUGUGGAACAGCAUUUUUGGAUCCCAACAACACAAUCCCAAGAGUCAACGCAAUAUCUCCACCUGGUUACGCCGCCCCCCAUGGCUAUGAAGGAGUCAUGCCUCCAGUAGGCCCUCCUCCCGUUCCUGCAAAUCCCGCCAAUCCUCUCAAUCUGCAAAAUCCUUGUAAUGCUCUGGGACUACCACAUUACCAACUCCAAAUUCCAACUGUAGAACUGUUCAAUGGGGCUGCUCCCUUGCCACCAGGUGUCAUUCUUCCACUAUUCUAUGUUGUGGACCUACAUUCAAUCCAACAAGUUGCGAAUGAUGAGCUCCCAUGA